CUCUUUUCCUUUUCCAUUUCUCCAAUGUUGAAGUUGUUGGAUAGAUUGUACAUGUGAUCUUUCUCUCCUUCCAAACAACCCGACAAACACACAAACUCAUAUUUUUUUUUUGUAUUAUUUAAACCAUCUCUGCGUGUGUGCUGACACAUUCUCUCUCUCCUUCUCUCUCUCUCUCUUCGGAGCUCUCUAGUUUUGCUCUGUUCCUUCUUCAAUGGCGACGACUCCAGCCCCAUGCUCAUCUUGUUUCUCGACAUCCCAGUCGAAGUUGAAGGAUCUGAAGAAGACCCAGUUGGGCUACGGUCCCAUACUCCAAGCCAAACCCAUCAAACAAUGGAGAGGCUUUUCGAGCAUUGGAAAUGGACCCAGAAUCAUAAGACCAAAAACAGAGCAUUUGGAGAGAAGAAGUACGAGAAAUGGGGUGGUGGUGGGUGUGAGGUGUACGGCAGAGGGAUUAGAAAGAGGAUUAUUGGUGGGAAGGAGUUCUUCUAUAGAAGAGGUAAAAGUCAACGUUCCAGAGAGGCUUAAGGUGGUGGCUAUGGUGGCUGCCGUUAUGUGUUUAUGUAACGCCGAUAGAGUGGUCAUGUCUGUGGCCGUCGUUCCCUUAGCUGCCAAGCUUGGCUGGUCUAGCUCUUUCUUAGGCAUUGUUCAGUCAUCUUUUCUGUGGGGAUACAUUUUCUCCUCGGUGAUUGGAGGAGCAUUAGUGGAUAAAUAUGGAGGAAAGAGAGUGAUGGCAUAUGGUGUGGCUUUGUGGUCUUUGGCCACUCUCUUAACACCAUUGGCUGCCAACCACUCCACAACAAGCCUCUUGGCUGUUCGCGCCGUCUUCGGACUUGCUGAAGGCGUAGCCUUUCCCUCAAUGAGCACUCUUAUAUCCAGGUGGUUUCCAACACAAGAAAGAGCGAGUGCAGUUGGACUAUCUAUGGCAGGAUUUCAUCUUGGCAAUGUUGCAGGGUUCCUACUUACUCCAAUAAUGCUGUCAUCGAUGGGGAUGUCGGGUCCAUUCAUUCUCUUCUCUUCGUUUGGGUUGAUCUGGUUGAUGACAUGGGCCUUAAAGGUCUCAAAUGAUCCAAAAGAAAGCUCUUAUAUCAGCAAAUCAGAGCUUCUUUUAAUCCAAGCAGGAAAAACUGAAUCUCCUGUGAAAAAUGACAAACUCCCACCUCUAAGCCUUUUAUUAUCAAAGUUACCAACAUGGGCUAUUAUUUUUGCCAAUGUAACCAACAACUGGGGAUACUUUGUUCUUCUCUCAUGGAUGCCUGUCUACUUUAAGACUGUAUUUAGUGUGAACUUGAAGCAAGCAGCAUGGUUUAGUGCUGUUCCAUGGGGAACAAUGGCGGUUUCCGGCUUCAUUGCAGGCACAUUAUCAGAUUACUUAAUCAAGGCAGGGUACUCGUUGACACUAGUUCGAAAGCUCAUGCAGUCUGUUGGUUUCAUUGGACCCGGAGUGGCAUUGCUAUGCUUGAACUAUGCAAAAACACCUAUAGCUGCAGCAGUACUCCUCACCAUAGCGUUGAGCUUAAGCUCUUUCAGCCAAGCUGGUUAUUUCCUCAAUAUGCAAGACAUUGCUCCUCAAUAUGCUGGAUUUCUCCAUGGGAUUUCGAAUUCAGCCGGGACAUUGGCGGCCAUCGUUAGCACCAUAGGAACUGGAUAUUUUGUUCAAUGGUUAGGAUCAUUUCAAGCAUUCUUAACUGUCACAGCAGCUCUCUAUUUCAUUACAGCCAUAUUUUGGAACCUUUUUGCUACUGGAGAACGUGUCUUCUAUGAUUGAUUUUUUA